UCUGCGGAGGAAGUUCGGCAGCCGCCCGGGACACGUCUCCGGACCGUGGCCUGCCCCCGACCUCGCGCACACCAGGCACCGCCGCGGGGAGGAGGAAGGACCCCGGGAGGGCUGAAGGACGGAGCUAGCGCCCGGAACUCGCAGUGCCUCGCGCGGAGCGGACGCCCACAGGGAGGUAACAAGAUCCCAUUUGAGAAGAAACUGGAGAGAAGCCCAUGUGGAUUCACUGACUUCCUGGACAAGGACAGGAUCUUUGGGGAGAACCUGUAAGGUUUGAUGUGUACACUCUUUGAGCCCCGGGAUAGUAGGAGUUAGCCAAUGGAUUGCAGGCAUGUUGUGGAAGUUAAUACUGAGGUCCCAGUCCUGCAGGCUGUAUUCUUUCAGAAAAACGCUAUCAACUCCAAAACACAGACCUCUCUUAGCAACCUGUACUUAUACAACCAGUAAGCAAUCAGACAAAGAAAAUAAGAAGACCGUGGAAAGGCUCUAUAAAUUAUCUGUUGACAUUAGGAAAAUUCGCAGAUUGAAAGCAUGGGUACUUUUGGAGGAUAAAACCUAUGUUGAAGAAAUCGCAAAUAUUUUACAACAACUAGGUGCUGAUGAAGCUACUGUGGCCAGUAUUUUGGAACGCUGCCCAGAAGCAGUCGUCUGUAGUCCAACUGCUGUUAACACUCAGAGCGAACUCUGGCAGUUGGUCUGCAAAAACAAUGAAGAGUUAGUCAAGUUAAUAGAACAGUUUCCAGAAUCCUUUUUCACUGUGAAAGACCAUGAAAACCGGAAGCUGAAUGUACAGUUCUUUCAAGAGUUGGGACUCAAAAAUGUGGUAAUUAGCAGAUUUUUGACAACUGCACCGAAUAUUUUCCAGAGUCCUAUUGAGAAAAAUAAGCAAGUUAUAAAGAUUCUCCAAGAGAGUUACCUACAGUUAGGUGGCUCUCAGGCCAAUAUGAAAGUUUGGCUCCUAAAGUUAUUAAGCCAGAACCCAUUUAUUUUGUUAAAUUCUUCUGCAGUUGUAAAGGAAACAUUAGAGUUUCUUCAGGAACAAGGCUUCACAAACACUGAAAUUCUACAACUCCUGUCCAAACUCAAGGGGUUUCUUUUUCAGCUUUGCCCCAGAAGUAUACAAAACAGUCUUUCCUUUUCUAAAAGUGCUUUUAAAUGCACAGAUGAUGACCUGAAGCAAUUAGUUUUGAAAUGUCCUGCCCUUUUAUAUUAUUCUGUUCCAGUUUUAGAAGAGAGAAUUCAGGGGCUAAUGAAAGAAGGAAUUUCCAUAGCUCAAAUAAGAGAGGCACCAAUGGUUCUUGAACUAACACCACAGAUAGUACAGUACAGGAUAAAGAAACUGAAUUCCUUAGGUUAUCAAGUAAAGGAUGGACAUCUGGCAGAUCUCAAUGGGACGAAAAAGGAGUUUGAGGCUAACUUUGGUAAGAUUCAAGCUAAAAAAGGAAGGCCGUUAUUUAACCCUGUGGCCCCCCUGAAUGUUGAAGAGUGAUUGCUGACUUGUGCUUCUUUCCAGCCGGCAAAGUGAAACUGAGUAGCACAGACUCAAGUGACUGAGGUGCCAGCUCAUAUGCUCCAGUAAUUUUAAAACCUGACAUAGCUUCUGAGUUAUUACCUGUAAUUAACAUAUUUUAAAAUAUAAAUUGUAUUUAUUUUAAAUAAAGUUGAGCUAUAUCCAAAAAUCUCUCUGUGCU